CGGUCGACUGCCCCAUCUGCAAACACCAGUGUCACCUGAAGGACGUCGUAGAGAACUACUUCCUGAGGGACAGUGGGGCCGAAACAGCUGCCACCAGCCAGGGAUCGAGUCAGUGUUGCACCAGUUGUGAGGACAACGCGCCGGCUACCAGCUACUGCGCGGAGUGCUCGGAGCCGCUCUGUGACGCUGUGUGCUCGGAGCCGCUCUGUGACACCUGUGUGGAGGCCCACCAGCGGGUCAAGUACACCAAGGACCACACGGUCCGCGCCACAGGCAGCGGCAAGGCGAAGGAGAGGGAGCGCACCGUGUACUGCUCCGUGCACAAGCACGAGCCGCUGGUGCUCUUCUGCGACACGUGCGACACGCUCACCUGCCGCGACUGCCAGCUCAAUGCGCACAAGGACCACCAGUACCAGUUUCUGGAGGACGCGGUGAGGAACCAGCGCAAGAUGCUGGCGACGCUGGUGAAGCGCCUGGGCGACAAACACGCCAGCCUGCAACGCUCCACCAAGGAAGUGCGCAGUUUGUACCGGGUGCAGGUGGAUGUGAAGAUGGCCAUCCUCCAAAUCAUGAAAGAACUCAACAAGCGCGGCAAAGUGCUGGUGAGCGACGCCCAGAGGGUGACGGAGGGACAACAGGAGAAGCUGGAGCGACAGCACUGGGCCAUGACCAAAUUGCAGCGGCACCAGGAACACAUCCUCCGCUUUGCUUCUUGGGCCCUGGAGAGCGACAACAGCACUGCUCUGCUGCUCUCCAAGAAGCUG